AUGGCUAUCAGCAGAUUAUCUAUCAUUAAAUUCUUGGAGUUGGCGUUGACGUGCGCAUGCGUCGCGCUACACUACCACAGCUACAAUGCCGAUGCCGACAUCGGUAUGCUGGUCACCGGCACCUUCAUCGGGUACCUUAUCAUCUUUGCUGGUGCCGCUGCAGGAUACAUAAUGCAAACACCGAGUCAUAAACGCAUCGACAUCUUUUACUCACUCGUCGGUGUUUGUUUGUUUGUGGCGAGCGGAGCCCUUAUCAUUGACAGAUAUCAGCAUUAUGGAAGAAGUGAACUAAAAGACAAAAAUCUUGCGAAGGCUUCGCUAGCAAUCAUCAACGGUGCGCUUUUGCUCGUAGACGCCGUGUUGACUCAGCGAGGUGGAUAG